CAGUGGGUCUUCUUUCUCUUUUUGCUUUUUAUUCGUCAUGUCCGAGACUGCCCCGGCUGCACAGCCGGCCUCAACGGCCCCCGAGAAGCUGGCGACUGCCAAGAAAGCUAGAAAGCCUGCCAAGGCUCCAGCAACCACUAAGAAGUCUGCGGGCCCUUCGGUGACUGAGCUUAUCGUGCAGGCCGUUUCCUCCUCCAAGGAGCGCAGCGGGGUGUCGCUGGCCGCGCUCAAGAAGGCGCUGGCGGCCGCAGGCUACGACGUGGAGAAGAACAACAGCCGCAUCAAGCUAGGUCUCAAGAGCCUGGUGAGCAAAGGCACCCUGGUGCAGACCAAGGGUACCGGCGCCUCCGGCUCUUUCAAGCUCAACAAGAAGGCGGCUUCUGGGGAGCCCAAGCCCAACGCCACGAAAGUGGCUACAAAGGCAAAGGCAGCAGGCGCUCCCAAGAAGCCGAAGAAAGCUUCCGGGGCCGCCGCAAAGAGGGCGGUCAAGACUCCCAAGAAGGCCAAGAAGUCCCCGCUGGCAAAGAAGCCUUCCAAGAGCCCAAAGAAACCUAAAGUCGUGAAGCCCAAGAAAGUAGCCAAGAGCCCCGCUAAAGCCAAGGCUGUGAAACCCAAAACACCUAAGGUGAAGGUGACUAAGCCGAAGGCUGCCAAGCCCAAGAAGGCACCACCCAAGAAAAAGUGAGCAGUCUGGUUGGAAGAUCCUUCCGGUAACCCAACGGCUCUUUUAAGAGCCACCAUUACAUAGUUCAGAAAAAGAGCUUUUUGCACGCUUUGGCAGUUAAACAGCGUUCAGCUGGUGAGCUGGGGUUGAUUUCCCUGUUAAUCUGAAGCUUGAAUUUGGCGUUUUCAGUGUUCCGAGAGCUACCAGUUCCGCAAGUCAGUAAAUUCUUAGCCCCCAGUACAUGAGAGUCACGGGGGGUUUAUGGGACAGUUUAAUUUAUAAACUAGCUGAUGGUAAUUACGGUAAACUAGGUCCACCUGCUUCUGGCCUGAACAAAUUAGUGUAAAGAUUAAGGUCGCAUUCUUGGGCCAGAACUGCUUAAGUAGCUGGAAUGUGGGUGGGCUUGUGGGGCCACACCCUCCCCCUAGGUGUGGGUGGGUAGGGCUGGUCCUGGGAAUGUGGGUGGCCGCUGCUGUGGUUGGUGUCCUUCAGGCCCGCCUCUGAUCAGGCCUUAUAGCUACAGCUAAGGACGUGGGUUCCAACGUCUUCUUGCCUACGGAGAGUGAGUGUACGUCUUUUCCUCUUAUAUGGAUGCUGGAUCUGUCAGAUUAAGGCCCCGUCAUUUAACCUUAAUUACCUCCCUAAAGGCCCUGUCUAACUCCAGUUUACUUAGGGGUUACAGUUUAAAUAUGUGCGGUUGGGGAUGCAAUUCCACUCAUGAGAUUGUUUUAUUUGCUGGUAUAAAAUAGUUUUUUUCUCUUCAAUUCUGGCAAAAGCCUAUAUUGCCCAGUACAUUUUAUGUGUUGCAGAUGUCUGACCUUUUCAUGCUUUCAAAAAUAUCAUGUUAAUUUAAUAUGUUUAAUAUGUUAGUCACAAUGCCCUUUUAUACUAAAGCUUUUUCAUGUCAUGAGUCACUUUUCUUGCUGAGGUUCCUUUUUCAUAUUCUUGUGAAAUUAGGGAAACAGUUACAGUUCUCAAGACUAUCCACACUUCUAAAACCAUUUUCAAUUUGCUGGAGGUAGGUGUCCUAACUACCCUGCAGUUCAGUAAUUUGCCAGAAAGAUUCAUUACUUAACCAUUAGUUUAUUGCUGUGAAAGGACACAGACUAAAAGCAGCCACUGAAAGAGGCACACAAGACAGUGUAUGUACUGACCGGGCCCCUGUUCUCCUCCAUUCUCAAGAAGACACAUUUAAUUUCUAACUCUUAGUACCUCAGAAUGUGGCCUGGUUUGGAAUAGGGUUGUUGCAGAUGUCAUUAUGAGGUCAUAGUAGAGUAGGAUGGGCUGGUGACUUACAAGGAGAGCUGGUGUCCUUGUAAGAUGGCCACGUGAAGACAGAGACACAGACUCAUGCCAUGGGGUGACAAAGGUACUGAUCCUGCUCAUGCAGCUGCAAGCCAGGACUCCCACAGAUUGCCAGCAAACUACCAGAAGCUAGGAAGAGCGAAGAAUUCCCCUCCAGGGUUCCAGGCAAGCACGCCUCUGCUGAUUCCUGGACUCAAGAUUUCUACUGUCCCUAAAACUGAAAGACAAUAAAUGUGUUGCUUUAAGCCACCCAGCUUUUGUCACUUUGUUACAGAACCCCUAGGAAACCAACUCAGGCACACUGCAGGGAAGUUCCAAAUGUGAACUUCCAGGCUUCCUCCCCCAGUGAUGCUAUCUAUGAACAGUGUCACUUCCCAGCGUUAAAGCUUGACGACACACAGUUACUGGCAACCAAGGAAGCUCACUGGGGCUUCAGUGGCUGGAGUUUUUGUUAGAAUUCUGUGGUUGAUUAUUCACAUGGCUGACCUUUAGCCUCCAGUCCUUCUAGAGAUCCAACAGAUACUGGUGACCUAAAACUCCCAUUAUGAUCAUAUUGCUGACUAUCUGGGGCCAAUGACUCCAGGUAAAUAAAGGGAGUCUAACCAGGUACGACAUUCCAAGGGCCUAGAGGUAACCUCCAAGAAGUUGAGGGCAAAUAUCAUACCUCUCUUUGAUUAAGGUUAAAUCCCCACUGUGUACUUUUAGAAGCUAGGCUUUACAUUUAGAUCUAGUGGGAUUAAUUGUCUGAGUACUGUUUAUUUAUAAAGUUCCUUUCUCCACUGUUUUAUCAUGACACUUUAUUUAGGAAGCAGGGUACUAACAUUUGCGUGGGCCUGCUCCAUUGUCUCUUUGCACCAGUGCCAGGCUGUUUAUUGUCAAUUUCUCAUUUUUGAUUUUCUGUAGAACCUUGUAUUUUU